CAGCUGUCAAAAUAAGAGACGACUGGCACAAAAUAUCAGCAAGAUUUCAUCUGACAACCAGACCAAAGCUCUCUGGUCCAUUUCACACUUGAACAAAUGUACAAAAAAUGGCAACCCUUACCUACAGAAAUGCUUUCUUAUUUUCACUAAUUCACUAGUGAAGAGUGACAGUAAUAGUGUGUGUGUCUGUGUGUGUGUCCUUUCUGAAUCCACAUGCUGCAUAUCUUUACUGGAACCAGUUCAGUAUGGCGCUUAGAAUAGAUGGGCCUGACUUUUCCUCUCUCUGUGUCUACUCCUCCAUGUGUGUCAUUGUGCACCGUAGCUUUCGACUGGUUUUACAAGUACGAAGGGAAGCUCCCCACCCUUAGAAAGAAAGGGAAAGAGAAGAAGCAGAAACAGAAGAACAAGAAGAAGUCGUCCAAGAUGGACACGCUGCCCGGCGAUCGCAAGAACAAAAAGCAGAUGGAGUACGAGCUGAAGCUGGCCAUGGAGCAGGAGGAGAAGCAGGAGCGCGAGAAGCAGCUCAAGAUCAACCGGCUGGUGCAGGAGGUACGCUGA